AGUACAAAAACAUAUAUGUAAGUGCAGGACUUGACAGUUAUUUUCCACCAAAAAUGUUUUUCUCCGAUGUCAAAUAAAAACACUGAAUGCAGUAAUGGGAUCCCAAACAAUGUUUUGACCUGCUAUUUAGACCUUAUAGAGCCUAUUUUGGUGUUUCACAAAGCUUGACUUUAUAGGCUUCGAUAAAACAUGUAUCCACACCCUUUUAUAACAAAAUCAAUUACACAGUUCCCAUUAGUCAUCCAUUCAAAGUUGCUCCUUUAUUGUAGGCUUAUGAAAUAUUAUACGAUUGUCAAUAAUGCUGCAUUUCUCUCUAGUACAUACAUGUUGUUUGACUUCAUACACUAUUUGACGAAUGUUAAAUGUUGUAUAUACAUUCCCUUUUGUUUUUGCAUACAUCUAUUUCGUAUUACCUACAUGCUUAUUAAUCCAGCUUGAGUAUUCAGAUCCACAUGUACGAGGUGAGUAUAUUAUCAUUCACAGCUCAGACCCGACGAUCGCUGGAUAUAUUUUAUUCACAGAGAACAUAAUGUGGGAACGUGUUGUGUCUGACAUGUGAAGCGUCGGCUUGCAGCGUGACUCGGAGCGUCACCGGCGGAAGGUCACGGAGCGGCGGAACGGAACGGAAGCGGGAGUAAAAAAAAAAAAAAAAAAAAAAAAGCCCUCAUCCGCCAUUGUGGGAAAUGACACAAAGUCGCCGUCUGUAGCAACGAGAAGAAGCGGAUCGUCGUCGGCUCCGAACCCGGGAAAGAAGAAGCAGCAGCAGCAGCAGCAGCCGUAGCCGUGUAACCGUUACAGAGCGACCGGACGACCCGAGAGACGAGGCAGGGGCUGCGGGUGGUGGUGGUGGAGGAGGAGGGGGGAGAAGCCGUGUGUGGACAGUCUCACAAACAGCUCUCGGUUUCGGUUUCCUGGAGGAUGUCUGCGACCACAGUCGAUCAGAGACCCAAAGGACAAGGAAAUAAAGUGCAAAACGGAUCAAUGCAUCAAAAGGAUGGUGUUAACGAUGAUGAUUUUGAGCCUUAUCUAAGUGGCCAGACAAAUCAGGGUAACAGCUAUCCGCCAAUGUCUGACCCCUACAUGCCUAGCUAUUAUGCUCCUUCCAUUGGUUUCCCUUACUCUCUCGGAGAGGCCGCCUGGUCCACAGCAGGAGACCCCCCCAUGCCGUACCUGACCACGUAUGGACAGAUGAGCAAUGGCGAGCCGCACUUUAUCCCCGACGGUGUGUUCAGCCAGGCCGGUGCCCUCGGGAACACCCCUCCCUUUCUGGGCCAGCAUGGCUUCAACUUCUUCCCUGGUAAUGCAGACUAUUCCACCUGGGGUACCAGUGUCUCUCAGGGUCAGUCCACACAGAGCUCCGUCUACACCAACAGCUAUGGGUAUGCCCCCAGCUCACUGGGUCGGGCCAUCACGGACGGACAGGCUGGCUUUGGAAGCGACACCCAGCUUAGUAAAGUCCCGGUGCUGAACAGCAUUGAGCAAGGCAUGACGGGCUUAAAGCUGGGCACGGACAUGGUGGCCGCCGUCACUAAAACUGUGGGCUCCCCCCUGGGGGGCACAGCAGGAAUGAGCAGCAUGGCAGCCAACAGCCUCCCUCCGUCUGUCAACUCCUCUGCACCGAAAGCCGCCUCCUGGGCCGCCAUCGCCAAGAAGCCGGCCAAGCCGCAGCCUAAGGUCAAACCCAAAGCCAACAUGGGGAUGGGGGGAGGUGCCAUUCCCCCACCCCCCAUAAAGCACAAUAUGAACAUUGGUACUUGGGACGAGAAGGGCUCCCUGAAUAAGCCUCCGUUAGCUCAGAAUAUGAUGCCCCCGCAGCCCAUGGUGCAGCAGCCUCUCCUAGCUCAGCCCCAGCCCUUACUGCAAAACCCAUUGCCUCCUCUGCCUCAACACCACCACCAUCACCACCACCCCCAGCACCACCACCACCCCCAGCACCAGCCCCAGCACCAGCCCCAACACCAACAUCAGCCCUUCCAGCUUCACUCCCUCCAAUCCCCCCAACACCCCCAGCCUAUGCCCCCUGGCCAUCCACACAUGCACCUCUCCUCUCAGCCCGGCCCCCCGCAGCACCUCCAUCAGCAACCACCCCAGCAGCCUGGUCCUCCCCCCAACCGCUGGGUGGCUCCCAGGAACCGCGGCGAGGGCUUCGGUCUGGGCGGGGGACUCCCACUUAGUGCCUCCCCUUGCUCUGGAGAGGUGCAUCCCGUGCUGGAGAAACUGCGUGCCCUCAACAACUACAACCCCAAAGACUUUGACUGGAGCUUGAAAAAUGGCCGCGUCUUCAUCAUCAAGAGCUAUUCCGAGGACGACAUCCACCGCUCCAUCAAGUACUCCAUCUGGUGCAGCACAGAACACGGCAACAAGCGGCUGGACGGCGCCUACCGCUCGCUGGGCAACAAGGGGCCCCUGUACCUGUUGUUCAGCGUCAACGGCAGUGGGCACUUCUGUGGCGUGGCCGAGAUGCGCUCCCCGGUGGACUACAAUGCCUACGCGGGGGUCUGGUCUCAGGACAAGUGGAAGGGCAAGUUCGAGGUGAAGUGGGCAUUCAUCAAAGACGUGCCCAACAACCAGCUGCGACACAUCCGGCUGGAGAACAAUGACAACAAGCCAGUAACCAACUCCAGGGACACUCAGGAAGUGCCUCUGGAAAAGGCCAAACAAGUGCUUAAAAUUAUCGCCACUUACAAGCAUACCACCUCAAUCUUUGAUGACUUUGCACAUUACGAGAAACGUCAGGAAGAGGAGGAGGCUCUGAGGAAGGAGCGCAAUAGAAAUAAACAGUAACCUUCAAGCAAGCUCUCCGCUAGAACUGCAACACUAAUGAUGUAGGACCUUAAAUAAAUUUUGCCUAACCACGAGGAGGAAAGGCUCUCUCAAAUCUUUCCGCCGAAGACGACAAUGUAUCGGAGUACUUGAACAUGACGAUAGAUGGACUCAUCCGUAUCCGUUGGCUGGUGUGUUCCUGUCUCACGAGAAAAAACGAACCCACUUUAGAAUUAAAUCUGUCUUUUAAAGCACUUUCAAUCCUCCUAAACAGCCUCUACCAGUACCCUUAACUCUCUAAUCUUUGUUAUUCUUCUUUGGUUUUGUUUGGGAGAAACUAACUGACUAACCAAAGUUGUCAGAAGAUUUCAACGGGCUUAUUUGUAGUUUUCUUUUCAUUUUGUCACGCCUCAAAAUGGGAUAUUGGUGAAGUUCAUCAGCUCCUGAAGAGAAUUAAAGAUAUGUAUGAUUUUAGUCUUUACCUUGAAUCUGUAUUCAACCAGCUGAUCCGACUCCUCAGACGGAGGUUUUGGAUGAUUGACAGGUGGGAUGAAAUAAUUGGGAAACAGCCACAAUCAUGCCAAUCACAGGAUGUAUCCUCCUUCUACCUGUUCCCUUCUGCACCUGUUUCUGUGUACCAAAAUAUUACUAUUAUGCAGAAGGCGGGCAAAACAACAAGCCAAUGCACAUCGUAUUAUUUUCGUUUUAUUUGUUCUCCCUCUCUUGUGAUUCUGACAUUCUGAAGUGCAUUUGUCUGAGAAGAAACCUGCUGCUCUGCUAGAACUAGUGCAGGCCUCCUUGGGUCCUGUGGGUGACUGUCUUUGCUCUGGUGUUGAUGUACUGUACCUCAGGCUCAAUCAAGACUGUCUGUCCUUAACAACUAAGCCCUUUUGGGAGAAUACUCACACUAACGCCCUGUCGUUGCCGGGGGAUUCCCCCCAAAACACCAACUGCAAGGAUGUGACAGUUUUCUCCUCUAGGUAACUCACUAGCUAAAUAAAAAUUCUCCAUGUUUAGCGCAAACCAUGCUUUUUGUGUUUUUGUGUACUCAUUUGCCUCAGAAAUGUGUGCAUUGCUCCAAUGCUUCACACAGUGUCACACACACACACACACACUCAAACGUGAACUCUCCUAUCUGCAUAUGCGCCUCUAAAUACAUCCGUGUAUUUACAGUAGCAGCAGCUCCAUGUCCACAUCUGCUUUGCAUUGCAGCUCAUUAGUGUAGAAUGUGUUGGUGCCAAAGGGGGUUGGUUUGACUAUAUGGUAAAAAUGUUGUAGAUUAAACUGACUUGGGAGGCAGACCUGCCGGCCCAAAGGUAGUUAAUACGAAAGUACAACUACAGGGAUUAGAAUGAUUAACGUACGGGUGACGUAGGCAGUGGUGGAAUGUAGCUGGAGUACAUUUACUGUACAAAAGCACAAUUUUUAGGUCAGGGGACUUUGCUUGAGUGUUUACUUUUUGUUAAAUUUCUGCUCCACUAUGUGUCAGAGGCAAAUGCUGUACUUUUCACUCCACCACAUUUGUUUUAUACUUACUUUCCGGGUUAGGGUUUAACUAAAAUACCUACAGUAACUGCAAAACUAGUUGUUUCCAGCCUUAAAGGCGGAUGACGUUUCCCAUUAAAACUUCUCAGAAAGUUUCCUUUAAAUGAUUCAAAUUUCACAAGAAUACAGAUAUUAUAAACUAUUCCAAAUAGAGACCAUCGUGUUGGUCCAGGCAGCCUAGUGAUGUGGAGGCGAUUACCCCUUUGCCACAUCCGUGUGUCCCUCGCUCUGAUCACAACCAUCUUUGAUCUCAGUUCAUUUUGACCUUGACAACACACCUGUAAAGUUUCGUGACUGCAUGAUUUAUUUUAAACCGUCAGAAACUUUGUAUUAUUACUUGAAAUACAAUGUGAUGAUAGAAUAUGUGGAAUUUCCUGUUUGCUGUUUUAAAACAUGUAUGUAUGACGUUAUUUCGAUUUAGUGACCAGGGCAGGUAAAGAUAGUACAGUAAUCGUAGACAGACUUUAAAGACAUGUUAGACCUAUAAAAGAAGACAUUACGAUAAAACACCUAAAUGCAAAAUUAUAUGAAUAAAAUUGUUAUGAAAUACA